UUUUCGUAGUGUUGUUCUCCCGUGGUCCCGUGUCCAAAUACAAAGUAGGUUUUUGGGUGUGCUACCGUAAGUUACUGGAGGAAAUUUGCGGACAGCCGAUACCGAUAGUGGCUCGAUGCUCGAUUCCUCGGUGUCGGUGGGUGCAGUGCAGUGGAUUCUCUCGCUCGCAAUACUCUCCGGUCUCUCCCAGCCUGGUUCCCUCCCACCCAACUCCAUCUAGCUGCUAGCUGCGUUGCUGGUGUGCACUGUGUUUUGAAAGCCACGGGCACGGCCGCCACGGACCGAAUAAACAACAUCGAACCAAAGAACGAAUCAUCGCCGCAGUUUGCUUCCAACAUCUGAUUGUACCGCAUGUAUAUCGGGUGAGCAGCGUGUCUAGCAGUUUCCUAUGUGGUGUGUUGUAGAUCUCCAAUCUUCUCCUUCUGCAACUGGCUGGACUCUAUCUGACUGAUUUCAUCAUACGGAGUCGGAGUGUACGAUUUCAAAGUGCAAAAUAGGAGAAAGAGAUAGAGAGAGAGAGAGAGUGCUUUUGUGUGCAGCUAUCGAUGGUGGCUGCUUUGUAAAAUUGUGUGCUCCAGUGCCCAAAUUUCGUGUGUGCAUAUUUUCCCUGUGCUGUGAAAAAACCGUAAACGCGUUUCCUGUCUAGUCUCCCCACCCAACAGACCAGAAUAACAACGUUCAACGUAACGAGGUGUAGUACUGUUAGGCGCGAUCCAUGCGGUGCAAAUUCUAAGCGAACCCCAGAUUGCGCAAAAUUCCGCUGAAACUGCCACCAUCCAAUCCAAUCAACCCAACCAACCAACAAAAGUACCAGUGUUCAGAGCGUUUGAACAAGCAUAAAGAAGCAAGGAGAGAAAAAAAUCAAUGCGAUAAUCAUCUUCUGUCAACUGUGUCGAAAACGCAGUCGAACAGCACCAAAAGAGACACAUCCGGUCCCGGAAUUGGUCGUUCCGCGGAAAAUCGAUAUCAUUAAAUCGUGCAUCAACAAGCAGCCUCCAGAAGAGAAGAAUCUUUAAUACAGUUUGCAUGUGUCUGCUUUGCUUUGUCAGCCCUGUAUUUGCAACAUUAUCCAUCUACACUUGUCAAAUUCCCAAAUUCUGAGUAAAUUUUUCGCUGGAGGAGUGCAACAAAGUGUUGUGAAUGAAAGUGGGCAAAAUUCAUCCCAGCAUAGUAAGUGAGAGAGUGCACAGUCGAGAAGAAAAGGCAAAGCGGAAAAUUUUCAACCCAGAAGAAGAGUGUAUAGGAGUGAACUAAACAAAAAGACCAAGGCCGCCGCUAGUUCAAUCUGUGAGGAGCCAUCCAAGAGCGAAAGGUUUGCCUGCCGGAGAUAAACCAACCAACAGUAACAACAACAAUAACAACAAGUGACAAGCGAAGCGAACUGGACAGCAGAACUCGUGCUCGCGCUGCUGCGGCAAAUCGUGUGUGACUCACCCAAACAAGGAUACCCAUAGAAUCGUAAAUAGCAGAAUGACGCAUAGUAAUUGCUGGACUGCUUGAACUCAAACAACUCCUGCUGUGUGGGCGGAAGCUAAACGGAUACUCCAGCUUGGACUUCUUUAUUAUGCCUAUAUCUGACAAACCUCGACUAAAUCAUCCGUUGAAUGCCAAAAAACCAACCCCUGUGACACCGAACCCGUGGGUAGCGGGUGGUCCUCCCGGCGGCAAGGACGCCGUCCUGGUGUUCCGAACGAGUGCCCUGUCCCCAGUGAACUCCAGCGCCGAUGGUUUGGAGAGCGGUUCAUCAACGGCAGCAUCCAUUGCGUCGGACGAAUCUACUACUAUAUCAGCUGCCUCGACUUCUUCGGUGCACUCGACCAAAGAUCCUACCGGAACCUCUAGUGAUAAGUUAGCCAACCAUUCGAAAGUACUCGCAACACUGCCUAAAAACUUUAAUGUUCAACGAAAAUCAAAUAGUAUUAGUAGCACCGCUAGCAAUAGUAACGACGACGAUGACGACGAGGACGAAGAAGACGACGAGGACGAUGACGACGAUGAUGAAGACGACGAUGACGAGGCAGAAGGGGAAGCAGAAGGUGAAGAAGAGGACGACAACGACGAGGCGACCACUUCGCAGGACGAAGCUGGUCCAUCGAACGCGGCUGGCAAUGAGAAUAAACCAAAGAAACGCCAGCUGGAGUCGUCCUCCUCUUCGAGCUCGUUGAGCAACGCUUCAGUGACCGGUCGCGAUUGCGAUGAGGCCGAGCCGGAUCUUCCUACGUCCAAGUCGGAACCGUUGCUGGCAGUGGUAGAGAAGAAGCUGGCUCGAAAGAGCCAGGAAAACAAAGAGAACCAAUGUGUGGUGAAGACGGAGAUGCCCGCGGCACAGCUUAACAUCUACUACAAGUUUAUCAACACGGAAACGCGGUUACUGCGGAAGAUACUGAGUGCCCACGGGAUGGGGGAGAGUGGUUCCGAUAGCAACGAUUUCAACCUGCUGUGGACGGGCAUCCAUCUGAAGCCGGAUAUCCUGAGGAACUUGGCACCGUAUCAGAGGGUCAACCACUUUCCGAGGUCAUACGAACUGACCCGAAAGGAUCGGCUCUACAAGAACAUCGAACGGAUGCAACACCUGCGCGGUUACAAACACUUUGACAUUGUCCCGCAAACGUUCCUGCUGCCCCAGGACUACAAGGAACUCAUCGCUGCCCACAACAAAUGUCGCGGUCCGUGGAUCGUGAAACCGGUUGCUUCCAGCCGGGGUCGUGGCAUUUUCAUAGUUAAUUCGCCGGAUCAGAUAGCUUCGUACGAGCAGGUGGUAGUCGCCAAGUACAUCACCGAUCCGCUCUGCAUCGACGGGCACAAGUGCGACAUUCGGCUGUACGUGGCAGUGACUUCGUUCGACCCGCUGAUCAUCUAUCUCUACGAGGAAGGUUUGGUUCGACUGGCCACGGUAAAGUACGAUCGAGGGGCGGAAAAUCUUUGGAAUCCCUGCAUGCAUCUGUGCAACUAUAGCAUCAACAAGUACCACACGGAUUACAUCAAGUCGAACAAUGCAGGGGACGAAGAUGUGGGCCACAAGUGGACAUUGAGCGCCUUGCUGAGGCAUUUGCGUAGCCAAGGGUGCAAUACCGAACAGCUGAUGUUGAACAUCGAGGAUCUGCUCAUCAAGGCGAUCUUCUCCUGCACGCAGCCGAUUGUAUCGGCGUGUCGGAUGUUCGUUCCACACAUCGGAAAUUGCUUCGAACUGUAUGGGUUUGAUAUUUUGAUAGAUGAUACGUUGAAACCGUGGCUGCUGGAAAUUAAUCUUUCGCCUUCGCUUGGCUGUGAUACUCCCCUAGAUACGAAAGUAAAAGCUUGUUUGCUAACCGAUUUGCUUACCAUGGUCGGUAUUCCGGCCAUUAGUCCUCUGCAGAAAGCGUGCUACGAUAGCAAAGGGCACAAGAUUCGAAAUCUUUCGACGCCCUACCGUAGAGUAAACUCGGCAGAUUUUGUGCAUAGCACUGGGUCGGGUGGGAAAAAGGAUGGUUCCCAGCAGGGAGAUACUGGCAAGAAGCUUCAAACGACUCUAAGCGCUCUGACGGCUGAAGAGCUGAAGAUUAUACGCUGUGCCCGGUCACAGUACGAACGACGUGGAGGAUUCGUACGAAUUUUCCCCACCAGCGAUAGUAUGACGCGUUACGCGGCCUUCAUGGAUCCCGUCACGGGUAUUCCAACAUCGGCCGUCACGUCCUCUGGUAGCGGUACGUAUCUGAUGAUCAUUCCGCACAACUACAAUCAAAUGCUGCACUCACAGAUGUUCCCUCAGGGCAGUGAUAUGGAGAACCGAAUUGUGCACCGUAUCCAAAAGUACGAACGUGCACUGGAGAGUACGCUUCCGAUAACGAUCGGCCCGAAGCACACGGCCCCAAAAUGUGUCGACGAGGCCAAGCGGCUGAGGUUGCAGAUAAGGAAGCUUAUCGAAAAUGGUCACGAAUUGAGUAUACUGCAAGCGAGGCGUGCCUUUGGCCUAUAUCUUGAGUGCAUUCUGAAACGACUUUCAUCGGAACCGAAGCACAGCCACGAGGAGUUGGUAAUGAAGUUUUUGUACCGUGUGGGAGCGCACAUGAAAACUCCCUUCUUCUUCCGAAAUUUUGGAAACAAAGCCCUAGGCAAGGAUCGGGGUGCGAUGGUUGCCAAGCAACUGGGUGACUAUCUGCAUCUGUACAAUAAGGAAACGGAGGCCUUCGUCGAUACCUUCGAUAUGGUCGGUAUGGUUCCGAUCAAACUGUUCGACGAUUUCCUGAUGCAGGCCAGUGAAGCGGAUGUGGAAUCGGUGCUAACGCUGCACACGAACCUAACCCAAUCGAUGCCAUUCCUGUACAGUGGAUGUUCGUCCAGCGUUCCACCGGCACCGCCCAUUCCGGUGGGGGCGCACGGCUUUCUCAAGGCACUGCCCUGUAUGGCUCCCGGAGGUGCCAACAAGGAACUUAUUCGGCUGGAUCCGUACUACAAGAGCAACGAAGCCCGAAGUAGCCGGACCGGGUUAACCACACCCUUUGGUGGCGGUGGUGGCGCUGGGGGACGGUCGGAGUUGCGAGGCGACAAGAGCAUGCGGUUGUCGCCGAUGAAGAAGAAACCACCGGUCGGAAAUAUGGUUAAAUCCUCGCGGGAGAGGGAUCAGCGGUCGAAUUGGCUCUACUAGGAUGCGUGCUAAAUUGUGUUUUCUGUUUUGCUGUAUGGAAAUUAUUGUUCUCAUUAUUUUUUAGUUGUUAUUCUAAAGGUGCUCGUUUUGGUACUUUUUCGUUGUUGUCUGGAUGGAAUAUUGUGCGCAUAAAGUAUUUGGUGUGAAUUUCUGGGGUGUUCAAGUUGUUUAUUCAUCAAAGAUAACAAAACAGAUUCAGCACAAAGAAAUUUAAAAUUAUAACUUUGUUCGUUAUAAAUUAGCUUCGAUCGAAUACGGGAUGCUAGUAGGAUGCUUUUCGGGGUACUUCGGCAAUGGUUAAGUUUGAUCAAUCCCGCUCUUCAUGUUUCUCAACGUUCCUUGAAGCUCACCUUAGGUCCAGGAACAUCAGUUAGAAGUCGACCGGAAGCGGCAGUUCUGUCUGUGGGAUCUUUUCAUUCCAUCAUCCUCUUUGACAACCAACUGUGGAGGUGAAACUUGUUGGUUUGGUUAUGCCUCUGCAGUGCGUACGGUGGGUGACUAAUUUUUAAUCAAACUAGAGUUGCUAACUAUUUUGCUUUUGUAAAUAUUCCUACCAGCUAAUUAGCAUUUACACAGAUACAUAUCAUAUCAUCGCAAUCUAAUACCUACGCAUUUGUUUUACAUUUAAAAUCCGAUUCAAAGUAAAUUUGGACGCAUUCAAGUGAUCAUAACUCAAGAAUUAAACAACAUACAAAAGGGUAUUUAUUCAGCUUUGAAACGAUAUAUAACAAGUUAUUACAUUUCACGGUUUCAAACGAACUGUCACACUUUACUUGUGAUCGAUGCCAUCAUGAUCUGCACAGUCGCUGGUGACACUGUACCGGUGAACUUAUUCCACUUUAAACGCAUUUGCUGUGCGUCACUGUAACUUCAUUACCGCAUCCUCGAAGUUUUCGCUUGACAAUUGCCCAAUAUUUUUCGAUCGGUCUGAACUAAGGGCAAUUCAGAGGAUUAAUCUCUUUGGCGACGAAAUUAACAUUGUUUGCAGCAUACCAUUCUAGUACCUCCUUAGAGUAGUGGCAGCUGGCUAGAUCCGGCCAAAACAUAACGUUGGGCUUGUGUAAAUUUAUACCUGGAAGGGACAUCCCCACGACCAAUUGCCAGGUAAAAUUAUCGUCCGGGGAUUUGUUUAUAAUCCAUUUUGACAUAUGUUCCGUCAUCCAUUAAAAUACAACCAUCAAAUUUCGUCAAAACUCGUUCGUAUAUUAAUCGUGCUCGCUUUUUGGCCACUAAAUUUUGUUUCAGGGAGCGAUUCGGAUGUUUACUGGCACAAAAAGACUUAUAUCCUUCUCUUGAAAGGAUGUUACGCACGGUGGAAAAGUUGGAAUUGUAUUUCUUUGCCAAAUCACGUAUGGAGACACCUGGGCUGCUUUUCACGUACCUCAA